UCCCACCUCAUAGGACUAUGAGCCCAGCUUCAUAAGAGAAAACAUCACUUCAGCCCCAGCACCACAGUGCAGAAGCCCCAGGAAGGCAACCCUCCUCCUUCCCUCUACCAUGGAGUACCUCUCACCCCUGAACCCCAAUGGCCUUCUCAGGGCUGUAUCCAAUAUGAGCUCCGAGCUUGGCCGCAGGGUGUGGGCCUCAGCUCCACCACCUCAGCGACCUUUCCGGGUCUGUGACCACAAGCGGACAAUUCGCAAAGGUCUGACAGCUGCCACCCGCCAGGAACUGCUAGAUAAGGCACUAGAGACCCUGCUGCUGCAUGGAACAUUAACACUGGUGCUAGAAGAGGAUGGGACCUCUGUGGAGAGUGAGGACUUCUUCCAGAUGCUGGAGGAUGACACAUGCCUGAUGGUGCUGGAGUUGGGACAGAGCUGGAGUCCCACCAGGGAUACCCUACAGAGUGGGGUGCUGUCAUAUGGCCUGGGCCGGGAGAAGCCGAAGCACAGCAAAGACAUUGCCCGCAUUACCUUUGAUGUAUACAAGCAAAGUCCUCGAGACCUCUUUGGCAGCCUAAACAUCAAAGCCACAUUCUAUGGACUCUACUCCAUGAGCUGUGACUUUCAAGGAGUUGGUCCCAAAAAAGUACUCAGGGAGCUCCUUCGUUUGAUUUCCUCACUGCUGCAAGGUCUGGGACACAUGCUCCUGGGAAUUUCCUCCACCCUUCGCCAUGUAGUGGAGGGGGCAGAGCAGUGGCAGCGGCAGGGUCACCUCCAUUAUUGAGAAGGGGCUUUGCACUUCUGCCCCCACACUUGUUUCAUGAGACAUGCUGUGAAGACUGUGACAGCAUCAGGUUUUGGGCCCUGUGGACAGUGUACCCUGGACAACUCUCCUGCUUUCCCCACUGUCCUCCACCCCUAUCAUGACAAAAUUCAUGAGCAUAACACCUUAUUCCCCUAGCCUAUAUCCUUUCUUGAAGAAUUGCUGCCCUCUCCUACCCACAUUCCCAGUCUCCCACUUAUCCUAAAAGGCCACAAGCCUGUUCCCAGGCAUCUUGAUCUCAACCUGAUUGCUGCUACAUUGAGAUACUUACUGACUCCUCUCCCUAAGCUCUAGCACACUGAUGACAACCCUCUCUCAUUUUACCUUGAAAUCUCUAAUUCUUCAUAUCUUUCCUCUAAAAAAAUAAAAAUGUUUCCAGUAAAAAUAUAAAAA